GAGAAUGUCUCGACGUUGACUUGGUGAUUACUUGACAAUGGGUUGGCUAUAUGACUUGACAGUGUCUUGACGAUGACAUGGAAAUGACAACGACGCAGGUCGUGCUCGCUACGUUCUCCACUCUCGUGGCCGCUGCUUUUGCCGGCGGGCUGGUCGGCUACGGCUUGGGAGGCGGCUACGGUGGCGGUGGCUACGGCUUGGGCUACGGCGGCCUGGGCGGCGUCGGCCUGGGCGGCAGCGUGGUCUUGCUGAACGGAGGCCACGGCGGGUAUGGCAAGGUGGUCGCCGGGCCGUCCUUCCUCGUCAAGACCGUCCACCACGUCAACAAGAUCAGUGGCGGUGGCGCCGUAGUCGCACACAGCGGUCUCGGAGGCGGCUACGUCGUGGGACCUGUGCUCGCCGGGCCGGUGCUCGGCUACGGCGGAGGCCUCGGUUAUGGAGGAGGCUACGGCUACGGCGGCGGCUACGGUCACGGUCACAAGGGUUGAGCUGUACGGACCUGGUCAACACU